CCAGAGUCCGAUCUCCAUCAUCUCACAGGAAACUGAGUACUUCCUACUUGGUCAAGACCUUGAACCUUGAAUUCAUAAAGACUCUCAAAGCCUCAGCUACAAAGGUCGUGUGGACGAAGUCCCCUGAAAGCAGAAGCCCACUGCCUUUAAUAGCAAAAUAAGUAAAGAAGUCAUUGUCCCUGACCUGGAGGAGAGGUCACAAUGGAGUCUUCAGCCACCACAGAGGACUACUAUUCAACCACCGAAUAUGACUAUGGGGACUCAACCCCAUGCGAAAAGACAGAUGUGCGGGCCUUUGGGGCUGGCCUACUGCCCCCCCUGUACUCCCUGGUGUUCAUCAUUGGUGUGGUGGGCAACAUACUGGUGGUACUGGUGCUCAUACAGUACAAGAGGCUCCAAAGCAUGACCAGCAUCUAUUUGUUCAACCUGGCCAUCUCUGACCUGGUCUUCCUCUUCACUUUGCCCUUCUGGAUUGACUACAAGUUGAAAGAUGACUGGGUUUUUGGUGAUGCCAUGUGUAAGCUUCUGUCUGGGUUUUAUUACCUGGGCUUGUACAGUGAAAUCUUUUUCAUUGUCCUGCUGACAAUUGACAGGUACCUGGCCAUUGUCCAUGCAGUGUUUGCCCUGCGGGCUCGGACUGUCACCUUUGGCAUCAUCACCAGCAUCAUCACCUGGGCCCUGGCCAUCUUGGCUUCCAUUCCUGGCUUGUACUUUUUCAAAGCCCAGUUGGAGGUCUCUCACCAUACCUGCAGCCCUCAUUUUCCCUACGAGAGCCUGAAGCAGUGGAAGCGAUUUCAGGCUCUAAAGCUAAACCUCCUUGGACUGAUUUUGCCUCUGUUGGUCAUGAUCAUUUGCUACACAGGGAUUAUUAACAUUCUACUCAGACGACCCAGUGAGAAGAAAGUCAAAGCCGUGCGUCUGAUACUUGUUAUCACGAUCCUCUUCUUCCUCCUCUGGACCCCCUACAAUCUGACUGUAUUUGUUUCUGCUUUCCAAGACGUCCUAUUCACCAAUCAGUGUGAGCAGAGCAAACAGCUGGACAUGGCCAUACAAGUGACUGAGGUGAUCGCCUACACCCACUGUUGUGUCAACCCAGUCAUCUAUGUCUUUGUGGGUGAGCGGUUCCGGAAGUACCUACAGCAGCUGUUCCAGAAGCAUGUGGCUAUGCCCCUAGCAAAAUGGCUACCCUUCCUCUCCAUAGACCGACUAGAGAGAGCCAGUUCUGUGUCUGCAUCCACAGGGGAGCAUGAGCUCUCUGUUGGCUUCUGACUCAAACCCCUGGAUGCCAACCAAGGCCCAGGGAAGAAUGAAGAAACAGUGUGGCUCUCCCAAACAGAUACUGACAGCUGGCAUAGUGACGACACCUAGUCUUGUGGAGUCAGAAGGAGUUGCAGGUGCUUAGGUAUAAGUUACCUCUCAAACUUUGAUGUUGUCCACAAACUUCUCCCUAUUGGAAAGGAGAUAAAUGAACAAAGAGACAUUUCAGAAGCUGGGACAAUGAGGUCAGGAAAAGAGUUGGGCACAAUAAAAUUAGAGUCUAUGGCUAUUAGCACUGACAAACAAAGCCAUUGCUCCUACCUAACUCCACUCCCCAGUUUUUGUGGACCAGUGAUGUCCACAAUUGUGCCCACCCUGAGUCCGGAAGUCAAUGGCAGUCCACAGUUUCAUUCCCACCAAAUGCCCACUCACAGUCCUAGCUCUUGGAAACUCUAGGGAAUCCUGUGAAAGAACCUGAGAUCUACUAGGGGACUGGUAUUAGCAAUAAGGUAGGAAAGCCUUUAGAGAUCUCUUUCUAACUCUAGCUCUAGCUCUAGCUCUCUCCUUCACACAGGGCCUCUUAUAGCUGAUUCUGGCCUGAAACUGGUUUAUGUAGCUAAGGCUGCCUUGACUUUCCAUGCUCCUACCUCCAUCUUCCAGGUGCUAUGACUCAGGUAUGUGCCACCACACUCUAUUUUACAGUGUUGGGGACUGAACCCAGGGCUUUGUGCAUGCUAGGCAAACACUCUCAGUUCAUCUCAAGCCCUGAGAGAGAAUUUCCUAAUUGUUAAAAUUAAACAUUUGCAGUAGCUUUUGCUAACCAAAAGAGAAGAGGUCUCUGGUUUCCAUGUGUCAUUCUUUUCUCUCUGAGUGUCUUUUAGAGUCUCUCUUCUUUGAAUGUUAGAUAGUGAGGGGUCUGGUUUAGUUCUUGUAGAUAUUAAUAAGAAGCAGGAAAAAUCAGGGUGGAUUUUCUUCUGGUCUCUAUGAGUCAGAGUUCUGGCUACCUCUUGAACCUACCAGCAUCAGAAUGGCCCACUGUACCAGCCAACCAUGUCUUGGCUGGGAGGGAAAAAAUGUCUAGUAGAAAGAUAGCCGCCUUUCUGGAGGACAAAGGGGACACACUGCCUCAAUGUGAGGGUUUGGGCAUCUCUUAACUAAAGUAACUUAUUUACCCAAAAUGCCCUUGACAUGUCGUCUCUGACCAAGGUGCCUACUUAUCAUUCCUGGCUCCCUUUUCCUUCAAAUGCGUAUUUCUUUGAAAUCUAAUUUCAUAAAACCAAAAAUUUCUAGAAAAGCUAAAAAAUACCAAGGAGUAGUAAAAUAUGGAAAUAACCCAGAAUUUCACUAUCCAAAGACACCCCACACCAUUUUGAAUCUGUGUUCAUUUAGUUUUUCUUUUUCUGUGUAUAUUUAUGAAUAUAACAAAGAUAGACCUUGGCUGGUGUCUCUGUUGUGCUAUUUUCAACUAGGAGUGUAUUGUGCUCACUCCCAGAAAUAAGGUCAAUAAAGCAUUUCAAAACGUU